GGCACGGUCGGCGCCGGACAAGAGAAUCGCCGCUUUGGAGGCUCGAUUCGCGACUACAGUGGCCUAUAGAGAAGCCCGAGACCGGCGAGCGACAACUGCUGCAAAAACCGUUUGAGAGGAACUAUAAGGACCGAACCACUGAAAUAUGCUUUCCAAAACAAGCGACAUCAUUUAUCUGACUGUUUUCUUCUUGAGUUUUAAUUAAAGAUAUUUAUUGUUAUGCGCGGAUAUAACACACCAAAAAGAUGAUUGAGGACUUCAACCUGAGCAGGAGAGGCGAGCCUUCCACUAAAACAAACGCAAACGGAUUACACUACACAGGUUUCCUCUGAUUUCCGCUUGAUUUGGGAUUAUAUCGGCUGUUUUGUUUGGAAUGGAGGGUCGUGAUUUCUCCGCUCCGGCACACCUCCUCUCAGAGCGGGCCACUCUGGUGCACCGCGCCGCCUCUCGCAUCUCGUCCUCCGGCCACGGCUCUGUUCAACAUGCGCCUCAUUUUCCACCCGGGAAAUAUUAUCCUUCUCACUUACCGAUGGCGGCGCAUUCAGGCAGUGGUCUGAUGGGCAAUUCCUCAGCCUCCUUCAUGGGGACGUUCCUGGCCAGCAGUCUAGGCUCUCCUCCCUCACAUCCUCCACACUCUUCCAGACCUCCGUCCUCUCCCUCCUCUCCUCCUUAUCGUGGGGGUCCUCAUUCCAGCGCCUCUCAGAUCUGGUUCCCCCACUCACAUGAAGCAGUCCCAGGGUAUCCUCACUUCUCAGGGAGUCUAGCCCACACCUUUCUUCCCAUAAGCCAUUUGGAUCACCAUGCCAACAGCGGGGUCCUCUAUGGACAGCAUCGUUUUUAUGAUACACAAAAAGAGAACUUCUACUUAAGAAGCCUUCCGUCCCAGCCCCCACUCAUUUCAGCCAAUCACAACAUCCAGCCUAUGUCAAGGGCAGGAUCAGGACAACCCCAGGGCUCAUGUAGCAGGGACAGAGAUGCAGGAAGUGGAGUGAGCUUGCACAAGGGCCUUAAAGAGCCUAGCUUAGAGAGAGGAGUGGCUUCAGUUGCAAAAGAUAAAGACAGACCUAGUAACAAACAUGAUUCUAAAGAACGCCAUCACCACCAGCUACAUCAUCACUCUCAUCAAUCCCAGCUCCAUCAACAACACCCUGUCACCAUGGAGGAGAUGUCUAGCAGGGGACACAAAGCCUCUUUACCAAUGGAGUACAAGGAGCAUCCACAGAAUAUGGGAAAACCUCUUAGUGCCUGUCUGCUCAAUGGAAAGGUGAUAAAUGGGGAACAUGGGACUGGGCCAAAGGUCUCCAUGACUACUUAUGGUGUCGAUGGGGUGGGUAGAGCAAAUGUAGGGUCCAAUAAUGUUCAGAACAGACAUAUGGGUAGUGGCACUAACGGUCGCUGUGGUAAAGAGGCAAUAAGUGGGGAGAUGCGGAUCAGUGAACAGCAUUCAACAGACUGUCUGGAGCGAGGUCAGACACUGCAGCAUUCUCUGACCUACUCAGUACCUCCUCCUCUGCCCAUGGCCUCUGCUGCUGGAGGGGGGCAUCCUGGUGGAUUUCACUGUCUGCAGCUUCACCCUGGCCACCCCCAUCAUCCACAUCACAACCGGCACUCGCACCCUCACCCUGACUUUUUCUGCCCUCCACCACCAGCCCCUAUGGGCAAUACUUCCGUACAUGAUAAAGGGAUCAAUAGUGGUGGAUGCAGAGACCCCAAAGCAAACGGAGCCACAUUCGUUCCAUCUGUUAACCACCUUGGGGAGAAAACCAGAGGCCCCUUCCAGAUGGGCAGCUCAGAGUGCCAGGGGGUUGGGGGUGGAGGAAACAGUGUGAAGGACAAGACCAUGGAAAAAAAUGGCAAUGGGGGACAUCAUGGUAACUGGCCUAGAAAACAACAACAACAGCAGGCUCCAACUCAGCAGCAACAUCCAUAUAGAAAAGCUGAAAAGGCCCCUGACUGGAUGCAUAACCACAACCACCACCAUCACAUACAGCAACAACAGCAGCAGCAGCAGAGCCAUUCCCAGCAACACCAGUCUGUGCGCUCCCGCAGCGCUGAUUGCAUCAACAGCAUGGAAACAGACAUUUUCAGAUCUACGCUAAGUCAAGAGACAAAGGCUGUACAUCCUUUACCAAACCAAACCAACCCCAAUUCCCAACCUUACAGGGAUUGCUCACACUCUGGACCUCCAACCAUUCCCUCACCUCUGGCGGGGAAAACCAUGCCUCAGCACACAGGUGGAGGAGGACAUGGAAGCUGCUCUAUGCAGCGAGAUGGACAGAAAGUUGCCCGUAUUCGUCACCAACAGCACAGCAGGGCUGGCCCAGACACCCCUGGUGCAGACAUGGCGCAGGCUAAUGGGAACCAGGAGAUGAAGCAGAAGAUGGAAAUGUCUCCUUAUGGCUAUAACAACAAUGCACAGCAUCACCCACAUCAGCAGCCAUCAGUGCCACCUUGGGUCAUGCAACCUCAUCACAUCCACCCUGAAGAAAAUCAGCACAAAGCUUACAUGGAACCUAACAGUGGAGCUGCCAAUAACAGACCGCCCACACAACAGCAGCACCAAACAGCAGGAAUGGGUCCCCCUCCUCCUCCCCUUCAUCCAGCUCCUCCUCAAAACCAGCAGGAGGUCACAGGCUCACAGGGGGAGAAUAGUGCCAUGAAGAACCUUCUGAAGUACAGCAACCAGCAGUCUCUCCCCCUGUCACAGAAAAGCCCAUUUGGAGGACUUGGAAGCCUCAAAACCGGGCCAAAUGGCUGCUCUCUUCAGGGAGGCAAGCAGACCCUACCCUCCAGGAAAGUCCAAAGCCAUGAAAGUGAGCGAGGUGAUUAUGGGGGACGGGGCCGAGAGAUGGGAGAGGCCCAACAUCUAGAGGGGGAGGUUCGACAGCCUCCAGUAGGGAUUGCAGUUGCUGUGGCAAGACAGAAGGAUCCUCCAUGCCAAGCAUCAGGCAGUCAUCCCAGCAGCCGACAGGGGCGGGUGCACUCCACCAUGAAAGGCACUCCACGCUCUGUGUAUCCUUCCGAUUUACCAGGAGAGGAGGAAAGGAAAAGGACAAGUAUAGAGCACAUGGGCCACCGGUGCAUAGAAAGGGAACGGGAUGCGUAUAUCAGGGAUAACAAGGAAAGGGUAGAAUUUGCACACAUCCAUCCCUCUAAUAGUUGCCAUGGUGACCUCACCUCUCAUAUCAUGGUGCCAGGUGGCACUUCAAUGCAGUCUGGCCAAUUAGGAGACCCGGCUUCACAUUCACACUCUGCUCACCACCACUGGAUGCCACGCACAGGAAGUCCCUCCCUCUGGAUGACGGGUCACUCAUAUGGUAUUGGCCACACAGCGCUGCAUCAAAAUCUCCCCCCUGGGUUUUCUGCAGCUAUGCCUGCCCCUCUUCAGCCAGUUCUUCCCCUGCCCCAGGACCCUUCCACCCAACUGGUAGUGCUGCCCAGUGAGCCAGCCACUCACCCAUCUACUCACAUUGAUGUGAUGGAGCAGCCUGGUCUGUGGCCCCCAGUCUACAGGGCCCGAGGGGCCCACUCCCACAUGCAGCAUCCUUCUGUGUAUCCUCGCUCACAGUUUCUACGGCAACAGGAGCUUUAUGCUCUACAGCAACACCAGCAGCUGCAGCAUCAGCAACACCCCAGCCAUCACACACCACCACCUCAAACCCACAGAGCCGCAAACAAUACAGAGCUACAGCAGAGAGACACAGCUGACCAUAGCCAGGUACAAAAGAAAUCAGAAGAGCAGAGCAUGGAGCUAGAAGACAUCCUGUCUGAGUCCAGGACCCCCAAACCCCCUAAGUGCUAUGCCUAUGGCCCGUCCAGCCGUGUCUCCUCACCUGCAAGGGGCUCUACUGCCCACUUGUCACCCUGCUGCCAGUCCCCUUGUAUGCGGCCUCACCCUAAAAGUACACCCUCUACACCCUGCCCUGCCCCAAGCCCAGUUGCCGUGACACCCCGGUCACCAGCUAUCAGCCCAUCCCCAUCACAGCGACUCAAAACUGUGGAGUCCCAGGAAAAGAGGGUGGAAGGGCAGCCACCACAGGACUAUCCUCAAUCCAUGGAGCCUGAUUUGCCACCUGGAUAUACCUAUCCAGAUAUCAACAUGGGAUAUAGGAAUGGCCCCACGACUCAAGACGUACAGCUGGCUGAGCCUGCUGAUCUGGAGCCUGUUCGGUCUGAAGCUGUUGAACACAGUUCUCCAACUCUUUCCAGUUUGGGAGAGGGCCUAGAAUGUCAUGCAAUGGUGAGGCCACUCCAAGAGCCACAAGCGCCAACAAUGGAAGUUGAUGCCACUAGCCUGGUAGAGGAACAACAAGAGGGUGUGUUUGUGCAAGGGGAAGAUGUGGAGACAGUCAUAGCCUUGGGAUGCUGUGAGCCUGUAGAGGCUAAUCAGGAAAAGGAUCAUGCAGAGAUCAUUUGUGUGCCUGAUGAAGUUCCAGGUUGUGAAGUAGGACAGUUACCUACUCUGUCGUCUGAGGAAGUCAUCCAUGAAGAAGAACCAAUUGUUAGCUUUGAAGAAAAAGGGGGCAAAGAUAUACCUCCUCAAGAGACUGAAGGCAUUGAAACGUUAAAUGAUCUGGUACCUCCAUUAACACAAAAACCAUGUGCCUCUGAUUGUUCACCCACAACCCAAGAAGAGGAUGCAGUGAUUGGUGAGGAAGAUCAAGAGUCAAACUGUAAAAUGGUUACACCAUCAACAUCGAAUACCUGUUCCCAGAGUCUCACAUCAAGCUACUGGAGUUUGGAGCUUCUGAUUGCUGCAGCCUUCUGUGGUGACUGUCCUCCUCCCUCUCCACCCUCCUCCUACCAAUCUCAAAAGUCUUGUGGUCCACUGAACUCCACAUAUCACGGCAUGGAGUUGCUGAGUGAACUAGCUGAUCUGGAACUGCAACGGUACCACCAAAGUUGCAGUAAAACUCAAGAAGAAGAUCAAUGGAUUUUUGACCUUCAGAGCCUUGCUACUUUGGCAGCAGCACGUGCCCUUGAAUUGGGUUCACAGGAGAGCAUCACCACAGAUGAGAAGCAGUAUCCUGCUCGAAGAACUCUCAACUUACGUCGAAAAUGCAGUUGGACACCUCGCCAUGAACCGGUAUGUCCAGUGAAAGGUACCAUGGACAGUAUGGAUGGACAGGAGUUGGAGAUGCGUGUGAGGCUUGCAGAGCUGCAACAACGUUACAAAGAGAAGCAGAAAGAGCUCGCCAAACUUCAGAGGAAGCAUGAUCACCAGAAAGAGGAGACUCCUCGAAGUCCAGCGCGUCGAGGGCCUGGUAGGCCACGCAAACGAAAAUCAGUGCCUGGUCUUAGCUCAGGAGCCCUUACUGAACCCCAGAAAAAAGUAAAGUUGGUGGGGGCGGGGCUAAGUCCACUAGCAGAGGAGCGCGGAGACUCUCAGAAAAAGAGGAAAAAAUUGUCCAAUCGAGGCUUUAGCCGUCUGAGCUCUGCACAGAUGAAAUCACAGUGUUAUCGGAAGAACAGCACCAUAGAUCAGCAAAUAACACAACUCAAGCAGAGGGUCCCAGGUGGACAACAUACAUCUGGAACUGCGUCAAGAGACCCAGAGUUUUCCACGGGAUCUAAGAGCCUGUACUCUGGCCACAGCGGCUCUAAAAGAGACUCGGCACAGCUUAGCACAGCCAAUGAGUCUGAGAGCCUCAGCGACACAGCCACAAGUGGAGAUAGUGGGACACAGGAGAGCUGGAAGCGGCACGAAUCUGUGGCAGGAAAACGGGAAAAGAAGAAAAGUCCAGGAACAGCAGCUUGUUUGCAGCAGCCAGGGGUCAGGAUCCCGCAGGGCAGGAGACAGGAGGUGGACGAGGAUGGGGAGACAUCACCCUUAGAAAGCGAGUCCUCUGAGCAAGAGGAAGAAGAGGAGGAGGGCAGUUAUGGCAGUGAGGAAGGCCAAGACGUCAAAGCUCCAGCGUUCAGAGAUCUGCCUUUCAACCCGACUGUUACAGGCCCCUCCCCGUUCUCUGUAGUCAAACUAGAAGCCAAUCAAAAGGCAAAGAUUAAGCGAGAACGACAAGAACUUUACGGAUCUCAGUUUCAUGCUGUAACAGAGGGAGAUGUGAAGGUGAAACAACGCACCCCCUGUAGAUCAAUUCCCAUGACUGUCUCCAAACCUCCAAGUGCCAGAAGACGACCAGGCAGGCCACGACUACAGGACAAACGCUGGUCGGGAAUGGCAGGAAGGCCCGGUCAUUAUAGGAAGAGUAGCAGCCUGAUUCCAUUUCCCAGCAGCAGCAGCGAGAGACUGAAGAGAGCCACUCGGAAGACCUCCAUGCUGAGAGCCACGAGGAGAAGUUACUGGUCAACUAAAGCCCAGUCUCCAGACAGUGAUGAUAACGGCAGUACUCGGAGAACCAGACUUCGAGAGUCUAAAGGUCGAGCGGUCAGCCGUCUGAUGGAGAGUUUUGCAGCAGACGAGGGCUUUCACCUGGGUGAGGACAGCAGCUUCUCAGAGGAGGAUGAGGAGAGAAAGGUGUCAGCAAGCUGCAGAAUUGCUCCAGCUCCUCCAAACUGUGUUCUGACCAAAGAGCUCCUGACCGAUGGACUCAAGAUUCUGAUCUCGAAAGAAGAUGAACUUUUAUAUGCUGCUCGAGUGCAACCUCUGGAGUCACCUGAUGUCUACAGCAUUGUUAUCGACGGGGAGAGAGGAAACCGGCCCAGAGUCUACUCCCUGGAGCAGCUCCUGCAGGAAGCCGUACUGGAUGUACGCCCUGACACCGAGAUUGUGCUAACAGAAGGGACAAGAGUGUGUGCCUAUUGGAGUGAACGCUCUCGUUGUCUAUACCCGGGAUAUGUGCGAAGGGGUGGUGAUGAAAGUAAGCCUGGUGGAGUAAUGGUGGAGUUUGAUGAUGGAGAUAGAGGGUGGAUUUCCCUCUCCAAUAUUCGCUUCCUUCCUCCCGGGUACCAAAUCCAAUGCACUGAGUCAAGUCCUGCACUCAUCCCUGAGGUACACCGGAGUAAAAAUAGCUCUGAGCAAGAAAGCAGGACUGUGAGUGAGAAGAUGGCAAGGGCAGACAGGUUUAAAUCUCAGGAGAAGACUGUCAGAAGGCCAGGAAGACCUAAAGGUUCUGGGCUAAAGAAGUCUCUCUCAGACACUGUAGCCAAGAGCUCAGCAUCUGCUCUGACAUGGCCAUCAGUCGCUGCACCCAGGAAGAGAAUGCCUGUUAACAUUUUCCAGCUCAAUGGCUCAGCCUCGAAGAAGACCUUGAAAAGCAGAGUGGUGGAAAUAUCCUCUCGACCUUCAGUAUCCAUGACCACACCAACCAAAGGCCUCUUCAGCAGUAGCUCUUUUGAAGUGGACUCAUUCAGCAGCAUAGCUAACGGUUAUUCAUCCUUUGGCAGCCAGACAUCUGGCAUUUCACUGGAGGGCAAGAACACCUCUUAUAGUCAAAAGAAGAAGGCAGAGGAGUCAGCACCACCUCGGGGCAGGAAAGCAGAAUUUCUAGUCAAACUGGAUCAUGAAGGUGUAACAUCUCCGAAGACCAAGAACAGUAAGGCUCUCCUGUUGCUGGGAGCCUCAGGUUUUGGCUCCAGUGGGGUGGGUAGUCUACCCAGGGCAGAAGUUUAUUCACAUCCAGUUCUACUGGUGAAGGACAACAGAAAAGGAGAUGGCUCACGAGCAGAGCUCUUACUGAAAAGGACAUCAGUCCAGAAGAAAACCUCAUCAUCACUGCACUUAAAUGAGUAUGGAGACUUAAACCUUGGUUGCCACAGAGACUGCCAGAGCUCCUACUCAGAUAUGGAUGAGGAAGAGGUGGAGAUGAGGACAGACAGCAAUGCACUUGCUUCUGCCUCCGGGGGUUUAAGGACAGCUGGGCAAUUUCUCUCUCGUAUUUCAGUUUCCUCGUCUUCCUCAGGUUCUUCCAGCUCCUCCAGCUCAGGCUCUCUCUCAAGUUCUAGUCUAUGCUCUUCUGACAAUGACUCCUCUUACAGCUCAGAAGAUGAGGAAAGCUCCACGCUGCUUCUCCAGAGCUGCAUGACUCCUCAUCACUCUAUGCUCCAGACCACUGAAGCACCUGUGGGCUCCUCACGGCACACUUUUGUGGCCAAAGCUGUGGCUGUGUCCAGUGCCAAAGGAGGGCAAAGCAAUCACAAUACAGGCAGCAAGCAACUGAAGAGAAAAGAGUGUGCCAGUUCACUUUCCAAACCCUCUAAAGAUCUAGUUAAGAGGCAACGGCUUCUAGCAGAUCAGACCAAGCCCAGAGUGUCUCCAAUCCUGCAAUCUAGACAACUGUGGAGGUGGUCUGGAAACCCUACACAACGCCGUGGACUUAAGGGAAAGGCCCGGAAGCUGUUCUACAAAGCCAUAGUACGUGGCAAGGACAUCGUGCGAGUGGGAGACUGUGCUGUGUUCCUUUCAACUGGACACCCUCCCCUCCCAUUGAUCGGCCGGAUAGAGAGUUUCUGGGAAUCAUGGCAGAACAGUAUGGUUGUGAAGGUCAAGUGGUUCUACCACCCUGAAGAGACCAAGCUUGGCAAAAGACAUCGUGAUGGCAAACAUGCUCUGUACCAGUCAUGCCAUGAAGAUGAAAACGACGUCCAGACAAUCUCUCAUAAGUGCCAGGUGGUCACCUGUGAGGAAUAUGAGCGACUGACCCGCAACAGGAAGUCUGACGGGAACUAUCAUGACCUGUACUAUCUGGCCGGCACUUACGACCCCACCAGUGGCCAGCUACUCACUGCAGAUGGGAUGUCCAUACUCUGUUAGCACUGGACUUGCGUGUCUGUGUAUACUACUGAGUUGCUGUCUUUGGUCCAAAGUCAGAGAUGUAGCUUUGACGGAGGACCAGGAGGCAGACUACUACCCUCAUCCCAAUAAACUGUCUACUCUGGAGGGAGACUCCUGCAUGCUUCUACUACAGUAGAUGCAGCUUGUCCGAAUUAGUCCAAAUUCUCUAUGGACAGCUUGUGGAUCUUAAUUUCUAUGAACCGUUGUCUUGACCUUUGAUCACCAAAGCAAAGCUCUUGGUUUGGGGAACAUGGCGGAUGACUAUGAAGACUUGAGCCAUGUUGUAGUCUGCGGUGUGUGUGGUGCACUCUCCGUACGUCACUUUCAUGAUUCCAGGGAUAUUUAAGUAAGCAUAGAAAUAAAUAAAUAUAUAUUAAUUUCAUUUAUGUAUAUAUAGGGAAAUAUUUCCUAUCAAGCCAUACACUUAAGUACCUCUUAACAUGUCUUUUUAUUCAGGUGUAUAUUGUACAGGACAGGUCGCUUGUGGGGUUUUGUGUGUUUGUGUGUGUUAUUUUUGUCUAUAUGUAAAUAUUUGAGGCUAUUUUAUAAUGUACUGUACAGAGGCUUAUCUUAAAACCAUGUUUUAAUCGAUUGAUUUAUUUUUGUAUAAGUGGGUAAUAUAAUAGUUGUUGUUUUUCUGUGAGAGGGUGGACUGAUGAUGUAUGCAUUGCACUGCACACGGCCUGCUGAUACAGUGAUAGAGGAGUCGUCCCGGUCCUAUUUUCUCCUUCAGAGACAGGGGUACACUUUAUCAGCUGCACUUUGGGCAUUUGUUCCUCUAAUGUCUUACUCCAGUUUUUUUUGUUGCUCAUGUUUGCAGACUCAAAACACUUUAACGCUGCAUCAAAGGGAAAACAAUUGACACUUUAAAAUUAUUCGAUUUGAAAUCAGUGGUCUACAAGUAAUGAGAGUCUACAAAUAAUGAGAGUAGAAAGGGAGAAUCUCAUAAAGAAAUGUCCAACUUAUUACUAACACAAACCCCGGUUUUAUGACCAUUUAAACUGAUGCAUAGCAACAUUAAGCACAUUUCCCCCUCUCUCAUUGCUGUAAUGCGGGAAAUGUGUUACUUCCCAGUAAAAUAAUACAGCAAUGAAAAUCAAAAAGACCGUUUGGACCACACUGACUUUUUUUUUGUGAGAUUCGCCCAAAAUACUGGUAUAUAAUACCAGAAGAACCUGAUUCCAACAUGUGUUAUUACUGUAUCUGAUGCAUUUAUUUUGUUCUCAAAUGCAUCCUGCACUGUAUUUCCAUGUUUCUUUGCCUUUCAGCAAAGUUUUCACCACAUUUUCAAUCUUACCACCCAUCAAAAUGGGCUUUUUUUUUGUUGGUGGUGAAAUACACCUGAAUCUUUAUCUUAGUAUCCGAGGGUCAGGGCACUAAAGGCAAGGGAUUGUUAGAGCACUAGGCACAGUUGGAGUUCAUACACUGAAAAAAAAUUAUUCACUGGAUUGACAAUCUUUAAGGGUAAGUGGUUGCAAACUUUUUUUAUGGGCUAAAUUAAAUUAAAUGUAGUCUUUUUUUAACUCAAUUUGUUAAAAUUCACCCCAUACAAAUUGUUUGCAACCACUUACCUUUAAAAUACAAUCCAAUGAAUGAUUUUUUUAAGUGUAGAGAAGUUGGCGUACAGUCAGCCGGUUCUCCGUGCACUCAUUUUUCACUGUGAGGGACAAUCGCAUUCAUGCAUGAAGGAGCAAACAUCCACUGUUUGAAAGGCUCACACAAUCACAACAUUCUUCUUUUGUGCCAAAAAUAGUCAUUUCUGAUUAUGCAAUCUUCACUGUGUUGGACAAGUGUUAUUUUAUUUUGUUUGUUGUGUUGUCGUUCUAUCAUUAGUGCUUAUUUAUUUGUCAGUGUUACUGUUUCAUUACAAAACCAAUGGAUGGUGUUAAAUGUCUUAUUUGCUGGGAUCUCUUUGACCCAAAAGUGUCGAACUAAUGUGCAUGUGGCUUGAGCUACAGUCAGACCUUCACCUUUUGCCGCCCCCAUUAACAACUGCUCCAGCCCCCCAGGGGAAGUGACGUCAUCACCGACCCCUCAGUUUCCUGACCGUUUACCCCCGUCCAUUCUUUCACCUUUACAAACUUCCAGAAUUUCCCCUUUUGAACCACUUUGGCCUUGUGAUUUGCUUAUGGAGCCUGAGAGAGAUGUAUAUGUUUGGCUUACUCCAGUGUGUACUGCACACAGUAUGCAUGCUUUUCUAUUACAUUUGCCAAAAUGUGACCACAGAAUAUCGAAGCCCACAACAAAAUACACUCGAGCUGAUUUUCCAUCUUUAGGUGUGCUGACCAACCAGAAGCAUCAACUCUCUCUCUCUCUAUCUUUUUUUCUUGACUCGUUAUAUGAUCAAAAUGCCAAAUGUGAAUUUUAAGAUAAUAACCUGCUGAAUUAAACAAGUACUAUUUAACAAAAAUAGUAAACAGUCCUGCAUAUGUAUUUUGUGAAGUACUAACCCAGCAGACACACAACGUCAUAAGACAUUAAUAUUAGGUUAGAUUUGGGUUACCACAGUCCAAGGACAAUGUUAUGUUGAUGUCCAAUAAUGACGUGAAACAACGUUGAUAUUUGGACGUUGUGUUGUAAAGUGACCAAAAUCCAUCAUCGAGCCAACAUCUUAAACCAACGCAUAUUGACGUCAAAUACUGACAUUUAUUCGCCAGGUAUGGCAACCAAUAUCCAACGUCUGAUAGACGUCAUAUUGGUAACGUCCACACAACGUCAAUAUUAGGUAAGAUUUGGGUAGCCUAAGGCUAAGGACAAUGUUAAUUUGACGUCCAAUAACGGUGUGAAACAGAGCUGAUAUUUGGUUGUUUUUAGGUUGUGUUGGAAAGUGACCAAAAUCCAACGUUGAGCCAACAUCUUAAUCCAACGUCAUAUUGACAUCAAAUACUGACAUUUAUCGUCAGGUAUGGCAAACAAUAUCCAACGUCUGAUAGACGUUAUAGUGGUAUUGUCUGUACAUCAAGCUAUAACAUCAUUAGACGUUAUUAUUUGGUUGUAUUUAGGUUGUAUUUAGGUAAGUAACCAAAAUGCAACAUCUGUUUGACGUUGGACAUUGAUGUCGGCCUGACUUUGCAUUUUGACAUCAACCUGAUUUUAAUUUCUAAACAAAAUGCAAUGUCCCACGGCGUUGGGGUACAGCGUCAAUCUGACAUCAUUUUGACGUCCUGUGCCUGCUGGGAAGCUAGUAUUUCAUUCAUAGCCUGUGCGUAUUUUGACAUCAUACUACUACCAAUGUGACUAAUGUAUUAGGAUUAGAUUUGUUUAAAGAAAAAUCUCAUGUAAUCAGAACAAGGUUUAUACAAAAAGGUCUGUGUGCGUGAGUGUGUGUAUGUGUGCCUUUUUGUACUCUGCCUUUAUGUUUGACUGUUUUGACACGUGUGGGCACUGGAUAGAGAUGUGAAUGUACUUGGCAUACGUUAAGCAUGCGUAUUAUCUAAGGACCUGUCUGUAAAUCGCACAGCUCUAAUUGUUACACGCAGAUUCAGAGUUGCUGUUGGUUACGAUCUCCUUUAAAAUCGAGAGAAACUUUGCUAACGUUCCCAAAUGAAGGUCAAAGGUAUUCUGUUGCAGAGGGAACAAGGAUAUUCAGGUCAGCACGUCUGAUAUGUUACAAGAGCAGGUCACUUGUUCAUGGCAAAAGUGCAAUACUACUUUGGCUAAAUAUCUGAACGGCACUCAAAGCAUUUCAAAGCUUUUUUUGCAAAGGCUGGUGGGUGGUAGGAAGUGAUAAGGAGGACGCAGGAACGUCUGUCCUAUUAAGCAGCUUUCUUUAAACGCCACAAGGCAUAUACUUAAUAUUCCGCUUCUCCAAGAAUCUCUGAUAAAUAUGUUUUAACUUUGUUAAAGGAAAAUGUAUAUCUUUAUAUCUGUUUAUUUUGUUCCAUUGUAAUUGUUUUCUGUCUUUGCUUUCAAUUUUGUAAAGAUGUACAUGUGUAAAGUAAGGUUUGAUUUUGGGGUAAACAUUUUACAAAAAAAAAAAGAGAAAAAAAGAAAAGAAAACUUUAUGAGUACAAACUGUCAGUGUGGUUUAGUAUUACAAGUUUUUUAUAGAGGGCUUAUGAAUAAAUAUCACAUUUAAAAAAAUAAA